GAGAGGUUCUGAACGAAAUAACCUAGAUGAGGAUGUAGUUCGCGGUUUAAAAGAGAUGCUCGAUCAUUACAAUGUUUUGGUAAAGUCGUUCAGGAUGGCCCGGGAGAAAAUGAUCCAGCACCAGCAAAUUGAAGUUAAGAUGCGUCUUAUCGGUAGAAGGAACAAGGAUGGUCGGCGUUAUAAUUUACCCUCCACUUCUGAAGUUGCCGCCUUAGUUGUUGGGGAUUUCGAUGAUGCCAUGGGCAGCAGAGAUAUUAUAGUAGAAAAUCGGAGCGGACGUCUGCAGCGGAUAAACGAGUUAAACGCUUCUUACUUGGCACUCCAUUAUCCUAUUCUUUUUCCAUAUGGCAAGGAUGGCUACAGGGAGGACAUUCCGUUCUCCUGUCUUAAACCGCUAACAGAGAGGUCGAGGAAAUUUAUCAUCCCGUUGGAGUUCUUCAAAUAUCGAAUGCACGAUCGGGACUGCGAAUUUUCGUCAAUUCUUUCCGCUCGGAGGUUGUAUCAGCAGUUUGUUGUGGACGCGUAUACAAUGGUGGAGGGAGCUCGGCUCAGAUACAUACGUUUUAAUCAGAAGAACUUGAGAACUGAAUUGUACAACAGACUUUCCGACGCUGUGCUGCGUGGUGACACGGAUCCUGGUUCUCAAGGCAAACGUAUCAUACUUCCUUCGUCAUUUACGGGUGGCGCUAGAUAUAUGGUUCAGAACUAUCAGGAUGCAAUGGCCAUUUGUCGUUGGACCGGUUAUCCUGACAUUUUCAUAACCUUCACAUGCAAUCCCAAGUGGCCCGAAAUCAGUCGUUUUCUUGCUGAGAAGAACCUCAACCCAGAGGAUCGUCCUGAUAUUAUUUGUCGGGUUUUUAAGACCAAGUUGGAUCAGUUGAUGAGGGAUGUUCGUCAUAACAAGAUGUUUGGGGAUAAACGUGGCCUUCCGCAUGCGCAUAUCUUGCUUUUCCUUGCCAAGGAAUUCAAGAUAAAGACUACUCAUGACAUAGAUAAAAUAAUUUCUGCCGAAAUACCGGAUGAGGCCACCGAUCCAUUUUACUAUGCUGCUGUUAGAGAUCAUAUGAUGCAUGGCCCCUGCGGAAGUGUUCGCCCGAAUUCUCCGUGUAUGGCGAACGAUUGUUGCACAAAACAUUUUCCAAAAAAGUUAUCCGAAACCACGACACUAGACGAAGAAGGCUAUCCACGAUACAGACGGCGUGAUAAUGGCAGGACCAUCGAAAAGAAUGGCAUUCCCCUGGAUAACAGAUACGUUGUGCCCCAUAACAGGAAAUUGCUUAUGAAGUAUGGAGCGCACAUAAAUAUGGAGUGGUGCAACCAGUCGAGGUCCAUAAAAUAUUUGUUCAAGUACGUGAACAAGGGGAACGAUCGCGUUAUUGCAACCUUCCAUGCGUCCAAUGGAGAUGAGUCCUCUACCAGGUCAGUUGACGAGGUGAAGAUGUACUAUGAUUGUCGAUACGUUUCAUCUUGUGAGGCUGCGUGGCGGUUGUUGGAGUAUGAGAUUCAAUACAAGCACCCAUCAGUGGAGCGCUUGAAUUUUCACCUCGAGAAUGAGCAUCCGUGCUACUAUCCCGAUGAAGUUACAAUCGAUGAAGUGGUUAAGAAAAAUAAAGAUGCCGGCAGCAAAUUUUUAGCUUGGAUGGAAGCUAACAAGAAGUAUCCCGAAGCCAGGAAACUCACGUACGUUGAGGCUCCCACCAAAUUUACGUGGCACUUGGAAACCAACAGUUGGGAGCCUAAAAAAGGAAGUAAUCGUAUCGCGCGUUUGUACUUCGUCCCCCCUGGUGCUGGUGACAUAUAUUACUUGCGGUGUCUUAUCAACGUUGUUCGAGGUGCAACGUGCCAUCGUGACUACAUGAAGUUGGACGGGGUACAUCACGAUUCAUAUCGUGACGCGUGUUUUUCUCUUGGUCUGGUGGAGGACGACAAAGAGUAUAUAGAAGGGAUUAUCGAGGCAAGCCAGUGGUCGAGUGCCAAUUCAUUGAGAAACCUUUUUGCUACUUUGUUGUCUUCUGAUACUCUUGGUCGACCAGAGUUCGUGUGGGAAUCAUGUUGGCCUUACCUAUCGGAUGAUAUAUUAUACAAUCGUCGGAGGGUUUUACAGCACCCAG